AUGCUGUCGUGGCUGGACGUCGUACUGAGGCCCCUGGAGGCUCCUCUGUGGUGGCUGGGCGCUGGAACCGCGGUCUGGCUCGCCCUCACCGCCCUGCACCGGCUCCUCUCCGGGAUCCGCGUGUGGGUCCUGGGCAACGGGCGUCUCGUGUCCCCCGCCAGGCUGGGCCAAUGGGCAGUUGUGACUGGAGCCACAGACGGCAUCGGAAAGGCCUACGCAGAAGAGCUCGGGCGUCGUGGCUUCUCCAUUGUCCUUAUUAGCCGCUCGCAGGACAAACUGGACGAGGUCGCCAGGGCAGUGGAGAGUAAAUACGGAGUCCAGACCAAAACCAUCUCUGCAGACUUCACCCGGAUGGAAAUCUACCACAACAUUGCGGAGCGUCUCCAGGGGCUGGAGAUCGGGGUUCUAGUGAACAAUGUCGGUGUUUCCUAUUCUUACCCAGAGUUCUUCCUCGAAGUCCCCUGUCUUGACACCUUCAUCGACAACAUGAUCAACGUCAACAUCACUUCUGUUUGUCAAAUGACUCGAAUUGUGCUGCCCGGGAUGGUAGAAAGGAAGAAGGGGGCCAUCCUGAACCUGUCGUCAGCCAGCGGCAUGUACCCAGUCCCUCUGCUCACCGUCUACUCUGCCUCCAAGGCAUUUGUGGACUUCUUCUCACUAGGUCUCCAAGCCGAAUACAGGAGAAAAGGCCUCAUCAUUCAAAGCGUCAUGCCGUUCUUCGUUGCCACUAAGAUGACAAAGAUCCGGCGCCCAACGCUGGACAAGCCCACGCCCGAGCGCUACGUGGCGGCCGAGCUGAGCACCGUGGGGCUACAGGACCGGACCAACGGAUACCUGCCUCACGCCAUUCUGGGCUGGGUCACCACCUCGCUGCUGCCCUCCGCCCUCCGCACCUCUCACAUCAUGGGGCUGAACAUGUCCCAACGAGCUCGUCACCUUCGUAAGCAGAAGACCGGCGUUCCCAUGGCGACUUGCAUGGACACCCUCCCGGCCCACCUCCUCCCUCUGGUGAUGGAGGAGUUCCCCCAGAGCCUGCUGGCAGAGGCGGCCGCGGAGUGCGUGUGCCGGGCCGUGCAGAGAGAGCCCAGGCUGAGGUGCCAGCAGUGCGCCAUCAUCCAGGAGGAAGACGAGGAGGCUGACGGGACCGAGCUGGAGCAGGACCAGGCCCACCGCUGCUACCUGCGCACCCUGGAGAGCCUCAGGAGGAGCACCCGCUGA